AUGGCAACUGCUCAAGGAGCUCCAAGCAAGGACACUCACCACAAAAUGUCCAAAAAGAUCGCUCAGCUAACCAAAGUUAUCUUCCACUUGCAUUCUAAAAAUGAAGAAAAUUCUCAAUAUCAAAACUCUUUAGUUGGUGCAUAUGAAAAAGAAAUAGAGACAAUAUUAAGAGAAGCAAAUAAUGUUAUCAACCGUCAAAAGGACGCUAUUGAGAAAGCAAAGGAGGGUGGAAAUAUCAAGGAAAAGAUGAGAGAAUUAGAGGACAGACAUACCCAGGAAAAGAAGGAAUCUCAAAAGUAGUUUGAUGAAUAUAAGAACCGAGUUAAAGAUCGAGAACAGUAAGUAGAGAAAGAUUAUCAGUUAAAAGUCAAUGACUUUAAGCUUGAGGUAAUGGACCUGAAAAAGAAAUUUGAGCUUAGAGUCGAGGAUCUGCGCAAACAAAUGGAUGACUAUAAAAAAAAUAAUGAUGUGCUCGAGGAACUUAAAAAAGCUCAUUAAAAAGAAUUGGCUGCUUAUAUCCAAGAGCAUAACAAGAAGUAUAAUGAACUACUCAAAGAUAAGCUCAAUAUGGAAGAUCAGCUUAAAUAAUAGUUUGAGGCGGAAAAGAACGCUCUUAAUAAGGACUGGGAAAAGAAGCUUAAAGAGGCAGUCGAGAAAGCCCGCAAAGAGGAAUAGGACAAGGCAAAAAUUGAUCAGGAUAAAAUUAAAAAAGAUUAUGACGGUAAAAUUGAGAUUAUCGAUGGUAAGGUGAAGAGACUUGAGCAAGAAAUCUAGGAAAUGAACAAAAAGCUUAAGGAAAGGGAAAUAGUUAUAGUCGAAAGAGAGAAGACAAUAGUAGAAAGAGAGACUAGAAUUAAAGAUCUUGAAAAAGAGUUAGCUAAGUUGAACGAUAUGCUAGCAUCUGGGGGCUAGGCUUCCUCUGAAUUACAAAAAUAAUUAGCAUCAGUUCAGGAAGAGUUGAGAGCAGCCAAAGAGUAAAUUAAAUCAUUAGAAUAGAAGUUGAAUGAUAAGGAACGAGAGCUGUAAGAGGAGAGAGAUAGGCUUCAGAAAGAGAUCGAUAGGUUAAAGGAUGCAAUGAGCAAGACAUCUGGUAACUUACAGUAAGAAUUAGCUUAAAGAGAGGAAGAGAUAAAUAAACUUAACAAGAAAAUCUAAGAUCUUGAAAAAGAAAUUCUGCGAUUGAAACAAUCAUUGACUUCAGAACAAGAAUCAAAGGAAUAGAUGAAGCGAGAUUACGAUAAGAAAAUCAAGGAACUUGAAGAUUAGAUCAACAUGCUUAGAUCUGAGUCUGGUGAUACUGUGCAAUAGCUUGAAAGAAAGAUUAAGCAGAUGACAACUGAUCAUGAGCAAGAAAAAGAACAAAUGCAAAGAUAGUCCAUUAGGGAGCGAGAAGAUUUAACUGCAGAUUAUGAAAGGAAAUUGAAAGAACUUCAAGAUGAUUAUGAAAGAAAGCUGAGAGAACUUGAAAGCAAGAAAAAUUCUGAGUAUGAGACAUUGAAAUCUUAGAUGGAAUAAAAAAUUAGAGACUUGGAAGAAUUACUCAGAAGAGAAAGAGAAAAUCUAGAAGGAAAUGCUAAGGAAAGAGAAUUAGCAUUGAAGAGAGAAGUGGAGGAGUGGAAGUAAAAACUAGCUGACAAGUAAAGAGAACUUGAUGAGGCUAAACGUGAGAUUGAGAAGCUAAAUUAGGAUAAGAGAGACCUGAAUGGGGAAAUAGAUAGACUUAAAAGCUAGAUCAAUUAAUUAGAAGACACAAUCAGAAGAUUAGAGGAAGAACUCAGAGUUGCUAGAGAAAACAUGGAAUCAAACCAUGGUUAGUUAUCGCAAGAGUUAGAAAGACUGAAGUAGGAGCUUGAAAAGCAACGAAAAGAAUUCCAAAAUGAUAUAAAGGAUAUAACCGCUAGAUUGAAGUCACAAAAAGAUGAAGAACUUGAACAGCAAAAACUCAAAUACGAGAGAAUGCUAGAUGAAUUAAAGAGAAACCAAAUGAAUGAUAAGGAGUUCAUCUAAAAAGAGCUCUAACGUAAGAUCGAUGAUCUAGAACGCUAACUAAGAGAACUUAAAGAGACCCAUUAAAGAGAAAAGUAAGAUUGGGAAAAGUAGAUGUAAGAUUUGAAGGAUAUGUAUGAGAAGAGAAUCAGCGAUAUAAAGAACAACCUGGAGGGAGAUUCCCGCAAAAUUCGCGAGGAGUACGAAAGAAUGAUCAAAGAACUGAAGGAGAAACAUGAAAAGGAGUUACAAGAAUUGAAAGCUAAUUUGAAUAAGGAAAAGGAAUAUGCUGUGUAGAAGGAGAUCGAGAUCAGAGAAAUAGCUAUCGAAAAGUUGAAGAGUGACUAAGAAAAGCUCAUUGAAAAUCUAAAUCAAAAUUUUGAAAGAUCUCUCGAGAGAAAGUAAAAAGAACAUGAUCAAGCAAUGGCUGCUAUUCAAAAAGAAAGGGAAAGAGAAAAUGACGAGGCAAGGCUAAGAGAAAAGGAGCUAUUAAGGAAAAUAACUGAGCUUUAAAGUGAGAUUCAGAGCUUGAAUAAGCAAAUCUAAGAGCUAACAUAAACUGUGAAAGAUAAGGACUAUGAUAUAAGGCAAAUGUAAGAAAGAGUGAAAGAGGCUGAGUCAAUAAUGAAGGAGGAAAAAUAAAAAUGUAAGGAGAGAAUUAAAGAAGUCGAGGAUCAGUUCAACAUCAAAGAAAAGUCUCUAAUGGACAAGCUGAAGAAGGAAAUGAACCAACUAAUUCAGGAGCAGAUAAAGGAAAUGUAAGAGAUGCAAGGAGAGUUUGCUUAAGCAACAGAGCUCAUGGAUCAGAAAUACAGGCAACUCAAUGAUAGGUUCCUUGAGUUGCAGGAACUAUAUGAGAACAGGCCAAGCAGACCAGAGGAUUUGGAGAUGAUCCGACAGCUUUAAGAAGAAAUCAUCCAAAAAGAUAAUGCAUUGAAAAAGGCUGCUGAGGAUAUGAAGUUCUAUAAAUUAGAGCUUAUCAAUAGAGAAGAUAAUUUCAAUAAGAUGUUCGGAACGAAUCCUAAUGUGGGAGUUAUCAAUCCCUUAGGUGCUAAACCAUAAACAGGGAAAUAGACUAUGAUGGUAGGUGGAGCAAAGUAAAUGCCUGGAUUAGGUAUGGGCUUAACUGGCAAUGCUCCUGUUAACAUGCUUGCAGCCAAGGACGGUCGUAAAAAUUCAAGAAUGGUCUAACAAUGA